UACGUGGACGUGAAGUAACCAAGCUGCUUAAGAGACAAUACCAUCGACCUGUACCCGAAGCAAAUUUUAAAAUGGCUCGAGCUUUCGUUCUGCACGAAAAUCCGCUUUGGUUACCUCCGCUGGCUCAGGCUUUCGACCACCAAGGAUUACCAUGGACAGAGCUACACCUCGAUGUUGGUACCUUCGAUAUGUCGGCACCACCACCAGAAGGCAUAUUUUACAAUCGAAUGAGUGGGUCAUCGCAUAUGCGCAAUCACCGUUAUUCCGUCGAACUUACUUUCUGUGUACUGGCGUGGUUGACGAAAUGGGGACGAACAGUCGUAAACAGCCAAAACGCGCUUGACAUGGAAAUAAGCAAAGUAAGACAAUACGCCGAACUUGAACGUCUCGGAAUUAAGACUCCUCGUACAGUGUUCCUAUCUGGUCGCGAUCAGAUUGUCUCCGCUGCUAAAAAAUAUUUUGAUGGUCAACCAUUCAUACUUAAACCCAAUCGGGGUGGAAAAGGCGGCGGUGUACAGUUGUUCAAAACAAUUGAAAGUCUAGCACAAUAUGUGGAAAGCGAUCAGUAUGAAACACCGGUAGGUGGAGUAGAACUAUUACAGGCAUAUAUUCAUGCACCCCGUUCAGUCAUUACACGAGCAGAGUUUGUCAAUGGUCGAUUUCUUUACGCACUAGAAGUAGAUACAAGUGACUUAUUUAAACAAUGUCCUUUGGAAAUUACUCGUGAAAAUAAGCGUGAAAAAUUUAAAAUAGUCGAUGGAAUUCCAGAACAGCUAAGAACUCAGUUAGAGAGUUUUCUUGCGGUAACGGGAAUUAGUAUUGCUGGUAUCGAGUUCGUAACUGACGUUAAUGGUAAUUCUUUCGUUUACGACGUUAACACUAAUACGAACUACAAUGCGGAAGCUGAAGAACAAGCAGGACUAGCUGGUACAGUAAGAUCUGGUCCGGGUGCUGUAGCUGCAUAUCUUAGCGCGGAAUUAUCUCGCUUGUACAAUAUUUAAGUUUCAUAGCAAACAAAAUCAUAACUUUAUUUAGUCUGUUGUAAGUUGUAAGAAAGAGUAAAGAGAUAAUAAACGAUGCUGAAAUUUUGCA